AUGGCUACUACUUAUACAAGAUUUACCAACUGUCAUUUGAUUGAUAAUGGUCAAUUAUAUGAAUUCACUGAUUUAUAUUUCAAUAAUCAAACUAAGAAAAUCUCUCAUCCUCCAGCAAAUAAAGAUUUGAUUACUAAAACAAUUGAUUUACAUGAACAAAUAUUAGCACCAGGUUUAAUUGAUAUUCAAAACAAUGGUGUUUACGGUUUAAAUUAUUCCAACUUGAAUGAAAAAUCUACUGAAAAGGAUGUUAUUGAAUUCAAGAGUUUUUAUCAAGAUGCUAUGACCAAAUAUUUAUCUACUGGUGUCACCGCUACUUGUCCAACAGUUACUUCCAAUUUCCCAGAAGUUUAUGCUAGAGUAUUACCUUUCUAUAAGAAAUCAAGAUUAGAUGAUCAAUGUGAUUCACUUGGUGCUCAUUUAGAAGGUCCAUUUAUUAAUGUCAAGAAGAAGGGUUGUCAUCCAGUUGAAACUUUUGUUGAUGCUAGAGAUGGUGAAACUAAAUUACUACAAACGUAUGGUGGUGAAGCAUCUUUAUUAGAUAAUGUCUGUAUCAUAACUGCUGCUCCAGAAAUCCCAGGUGUCUUGGAUUUAAUUCCUUCCAUUACUGAUAGAAAAAUUAUCUUCUCCAUUGGUCAUACUAUGUCUAGUUAUGAAACUGGUUGUAAAGCUAUUGACAGUGGUGCUACUAUGAUCACCCACUUGUAUAAUGCUAUGCCACAACCCCAUCAUCGUGACGCUGGUGUUGUUGGUUUGAUUAAUUCGCCAGUUGUUGGUGACGAUAAGACCCCAUACUUUGGUAUAAUUUGCGACGGUGUACAUGUUGAUCCUGCAAUGGCCAAUUUAGCUUAUAGAUCCAAUCCAAAUAAAUGUGUUUUGGUUACCGAUGCCAUGCAUUUAUUUGGUUUACCAGAUGGUACUUAUAAAUGGGAUGAACAAGCUAUUGUUAAGACUGGUGAUAGAUUAUAUUUAGAAGGUACUGAUACUUUAGCAGGAGCUGCUACCACAUUACCACAAUGUCUUCGUAAUUUAAUGGAAUGGUCUAAGAUUUCAUUACCACAAGCAAUAAAAACUGCUACUAAUAAUGCUGCAUUAUCCCUUGGUAUACAAAAUGAACGUGGAUUCUUAAAUAUUGGUUGUGAUGCUGAUUUCAUCGUUUUAGAUAAAGCUGGAUAUAUUCAAAAGAUUUACAAGUUGGGUAAUGAAGUCAAAUCAUCUGAUAUUAAAUUAGAGUCACAUGUUGCAAGAGAUGAAAAGAUUUCUGCGGUGUUGUAG